CCCCGUUUCAAUAUUAACCCCCACGCGAUUACACACGCACUCUCUCUCUCUAACUUUCUCUCUCUAAAACUCUCUCUCAUCGCCGGCGAUACACCGUACCGGCGGUUCACCGUCAACACGAACGGUUAUACACUUAUACGUAUCGUUUGACUAAUAUGGCAUCAAAAUCUUAUGCAAAUAUUUUGGAUUUGGAACCCGAUAAGCUCUUGGAUAUCCCUCAAACUCCGAAAAGUCUUCCACGAGUGUUGACCAUGCCCGGAAUCAUAGCUGGCGUAGACGACAACAACGUUGUUGAUUCAGAAAAAAUACCAUCUGGUUGUCGAGAACGAAAAAUCAUUGUGGCAAAUAUGCUACCAUUACAUAUACAACGGGAUCCCGAUACUCUAAAACUGACCUUCAGUUUCGACGAAGAUUCACUUUUAUGGCAAUUAAAAGACGGGUUUGAUCCCGAAAGUGAAGUUGUGUAUAUAGGUUCACUCAAGGUUGAAGUAGAUGCUAGUGAGCAAGAAGAAGUUGCUCAGAAGCUUCUAGAAGAAUAUAACUGUGUACCCACUUUUCUUCCUCAUGAUCUUUACAAGAAAUACUAUGGUGGGUUCUGUAAACAUCAACUCUGGCCGCUUUUUCAUUACAUGCUUCCGAUGUCACCAGAUCACGCUGACCGGUUUGACCGGGCAUUAUGGAAGGCGUAUGUAUCCGUAAACAAGAUAUUUGCGGAUAAAGUUAUGGAAGUUGCGAACCCGGAAGAAGAUUACAUUUGGGUACAUGAUUAUCAUCUUAUGAUUUUACCUACAUUUUUGAGAAACCGAUGUAAUCGGGUCAAACUCGGGUUUUUUCUCCAUAGCCCGUUUCCUUCAUCGGAAAUAUAUAGAACUUUACCUGUGAGAGAUGAGAUUCUUAAAGGGCUGCUUAACUGUGAUUUAAUCGGGUUUCAUACGUUUGACUACGCGCGCCAUUUCUUGUCAUGUUGUAGUAGAAUGAUGGGUUUGGAUUAUGAAUCUAAAAGAGGGCAUAUCGGGCUUGAUUAUUUGGGUCGAACCGUUUAUAUCAAGAUUUUACCCGUUGGUAUCCAUAUGGGUCGACUUCAAUCCGUUUUAGAUCUUCCAAUCACGAAGAGAAAAUUCAAAGAAAUAGCGGAAAGAUUCAAGGGGAAAAAAGUUAUAGUUGGGGUCGAUGACAUGGAUAUUUUUAAAGGCUUAAGUCUUAAAUUACUCGCCUUCGAGUAUCUUUUACAGUCGUCCCCUUUACUUCGAGGUAAACUGGUUUUGAUCCAAAUUGUGAAUCCUGCAAGGAGUGCGGGGAAAGACGUUCAAGAAGCAAAACGGGAGACGUAUUUGAUUCUAAACAGAAUCAACGAGGCUUACGGGUCACCCGAUUAUCAGCCCGUUGUAAUAAUCGACCGGCCCGUGGCCCGUUACGAAAAGUCAGCCUAUUAUUCCAUGGCUGACUGUUGCAUAGUCAACGCUGUGAGAGACGGAAUGAAUUUGGUACCGUAUAAAUACAUCGUUUGCAGGCAACACUCGCCUCAUUUUGAUGAAAAUUCAGCCCGUACGAGCAUGUUAGUUGUGUCGGAAUUCGUCGGGUGUUCACCGUCUUUAAGCGGGGCUAUACGGGUCAACCCGUGGGAUAUAGAAUCCGUCGCUGUAGCUAUAAAUUCGGCUGUAGUUAUGAAAGAACCCGAAAAACAAUUAAGACAUGAAAAACAUUACCGGUAUAUAAGCUCACAUGAUGUGGCAUAUUGGGCCCGUAGCUUUAUGCAAGAUUUAGAACGAGCAUCGAAAGAUCAUUAUAACAAACGUUGUUGGGGUAUCGGGUUCGGUUUGGGUUUUCGGGUUGUUUCUCUGUCUCCGAGUUUUAGAAAACUAUCUGGUGACUGUAUUGUCUCUGCAUAUAAACGGUCGAACAAACGGGCUAUAUUUUUGGAUUAUGAUGGGACGCUCGUACCGCAUUCUUCUAUUGUGAAAACGCCUGGCCCGGAACUUAUUAAUGUUUUGAAUACUUUGUGUGAUGAUCCAAAGAACGUUGUGUUUGUUAUUAGUGGAAGAGGAAAAGAUACGUUGAGUGAGUGGCUCGACUCGUGUGAGCGCCUGGGCCUAGCCGCUGAACAUGGGUAUUUCAUAAGAUGGAACCGAAAUUCAGAAUGGCAACCUGGUCUAGUGGGUGGAGACUUUGAAUGGAAGGAAAUUGCAAAACCAGUGAUGGAACGUUAUAAAGAGGCGACAGAUGGUUCGACAAUUGAGAUCAAAAGUAGUGGUCUAGUGUGGCACCAUCAAGAUGCUGACCCUGACUUUGGUUCGUGUCAAGCUAAUGAACUAGUGCUUCAUUUAGAGAAUGUGCUUGCCAAUGAGCCCGCAUUGGUUAAACGGGGCCGGUACAUAGUUGAAGUUAAACCUCAGGGUGUGAGCAAAGGCUUAGUAGCGGAAAAAAUUCUUUCAGUCAUGACAGAACAAGGAGAACCGCCAGAUUUCAUCACAUGUAUCGGAGAUGACCGUUCAGAUGAAGACAUGUUUGAAAGCAUUGUUACAAACACGGCUUCAAACGCAUCAGAUAUAUUCGCGUGUACAGUUGGAAGGAAACCGAGCAAAGCAAAAUAUUACCUUGAUGAUACAACUGAGGUUGUUAAAUUAUUAUCCGGGCUUGCGAAUACAUCACAUCCUAAACCUAGUAAUAAUCCACCUCGGUUUCAGGUAACGUUUGAUGCGGUUUUUUAAGGUACAGAAACAUGACCAAGAAAAUUGUAUAGUUUUCUGUUCUCGGUAUUUAGGAUUUGGUGAGCUCGAUGAAUCUUUCUUGUUAGUUAAGUUUGUUGUUAGUCAAGUUUUGGUUUUAUAUGAGUUCCCAAGUUGGUUC